ACUACAGCCUUUGCCUUCAGCUUUUUCUUCAGCAUUAAUCUUUAUCAUUGAGAGUUUAGAUUUUGUUCCAAUAUCUAUGGAGAAAACAAAUUCAUCCCUUGAACAAAUUCAGCCCCCUACUUAUGGGAACUUAGUAACCAUUCUUAGCAUCGAUGGUGGUGGUAUUCGAGGCAUAAUCCCUGCGACAAUUCUUGAGUUCCUUGAAUCUCAGCUUCAGGAGUUGGAUGGUGAGGAUGCAAGGCUUGCAGACUACUUUGAUGUGAUAUCAGGAACAAGUACAGGGGGUCUUGUAACCGCUAUGUUAAGUGCUCCAGAUAAAAAUAAUCGUCCACUUUUUGCUGCCAAAGAUAUCAAGCCCUUUUACAUGGAUCACUGCCCAAGUAUAUUUCCACAACACAGAGGCUUCUGUGGGACUAUGUUAGCAAAGGUGAUAAGAACUCUUGGAGGACCCAAAUAUGAUGGAAAAUACCUCCAUUGGGUUGUGGGAGAGACACUUGGAGACAUUCGCUUGCAUGAGACUCUCACCAAUGUUGUCAUUCCCACUUUUGACAUCAAGUGUUUGCAGCCAAUUAUUUUCUCAUCUUAUAAGCUUAAGAUGAACCCUUGCAUGGAUGCAAAACUCUCAGACAUAUGCAUCAGCACUUCUGCUGCACCUACUUAUCUCCCUGCUCACAACUUCAAGAACCAAGAUUCUAAAGGGAACGUGCACGAAUUCAACCUCAUUGAUGGUGGUGUUUGUGCAAAUAACCCGACUUUAGUUGCCAUGAACGAAGUAACAAGGCAAAUCAUUGAUGAUAAUCCGGAUUUCUUUCCAAUGAAGCCUCUUGAAUAUGGUCGCUUCCUAAUAAUUUCAUUAGGUACAGGGACAGCAAAAAAUGAGGAAAAAUUUGAUGCAAAAAUGGCAGCUAAAUGGGGGCUAUUAGAUUGGCUAACCCAUGGUGGUUGUACUCCUUUGAUCGAUGUUUUUACUCAAUCGAGUGGAGAUAUGGUGGAUUUCCAUUUAUCUACUAUCACUCAAGCUCUUCAUUCAGAAGAUAAUUAUCUUCGAAUACAGGAUGACACAUUGAUGGGAACUGAUUCUUCAGUGGACAUUGCUACAAAAGAGAACUUGGGAAGAUUGUGUCAAAUUGGUGAAAAGCUAUUAAAGAAACCUGUCUCUAGGGUCAAUUUGGAAAAUGGUCAUUUUGAGCCGCUGAAAAAUGGAGAAACCAAUGAAGAUGCUCUCAAAAGGUUGGCAAAAAUACUUUCACAAGAGAGAAGACUCCGCGAAAUGAGAUCUCCACACACAAAUAAAAUGGCCUUUUAAUCUCAUUCCUUCAUGUUAUUUGACUUAGGCAUUAUUUGAUUCAAUUCAUUUAUAUAAUGUAAUAAUAUCAGUAAUGAAGAAUUUGACUAGAUGGGAUUUUAGAUAUAUAGGAGUUAGAAUUUAAAUUGCUUAUUAAAAUAAUGUAACUUGUA